GAACCAGAAACUGUAAAUGUAUUCGAUAAGUAUAAUGAAAAUGAUGGUGAAUUCUCUGAUGAUAACGAUGAUGAAUUCUCUGAUGAUAACGAUGAUGGAGAUUAUUGCGGUUUUUCUGACGAAGAUGAACCAG